AAUGUCUGAUACUGAAAGUGAAUUAUUGGAAUGUUGCAAAUGUGGAGCAUAAGUAGAUUAAAUUCUAUCACUUUAAUGUGAUCACAAUUUAUGUUUGAAUUGUGCAGCUAAGGCUGUAGCAAAGUGGGGUUCAUUUACUAUGUAUCCUCCAUUAAUAUGUUAAAUAUGUUCAUCAAAAACUUAAUUGGAUCCAUCUGCUGUGUAAGUUUUAUUAGAGAUGAAUCCAUAAUCUUCUUGUUGUUCUGAUGAUUUUGAAUAAAGAAGUGAAAUAUUAGAAACAAAAUAAUCUCAACAAAUAUAGCAUACAGAUUAUCAUAAUCAAUCAUAAUAAUAAUAAUAAUAAUAAUAAUAAUAACUUACUAAUAUCACUUGUUAAUAACAUCUUACUGAGAGUUGUGUAUUAUAUUGUUUUACUUGUGAAGCUUAAUGUUUUUGUAUGGAAUGUUAUUUAUAAGGAUUACAUAAAAAUCAUGAAGUUAGAAAUAUUUCAAAAUCUUUUGAUUUAAUAAGAGAAAAUGGAAAUUAACUUUAAGUAUCUUUAUAAAGUUGUUGUGAAUAUUUGUUACAUGAAUAAUGUAAAGUUGUAAAUAAAAAACAAGAUUUAGUAGACUUAGUAGGAUAAGCUAAAAUGUAGAUUACUUCUAAUUUUGAAGAUAUUUACAAAACAUUAAGACUCAAAGAAUAAGAAAUGUUAUAAGCUGCUGAUGAAUUAGUAGCUGAUAAACUUAUAGAAAUAGAAAGUUUGAUGGCUAAAAUUAAACUAUAAACAGAUAGAGUAAAUUAAUAUAAUGAAUAACUUGUUUAAUAUUUUGGAUGUACUAAUCCAAAUAUUUCAUUAUGUGUUGAGGCUUGUAAUUUUGUUGUUAAAGAGAAAAAAAAGAUUUAGAAUUUAAUUGAAUAAGUUAGACAAGAGAAAAUAAGUCCUACUAUUCAAGGGAAAUUUUGUUUGGAUUCUGGAUCCAUAUAAUAAAUGAUAAGUGAUAUGAGAGGAGUCAAAUUAUAACUAGUUUCUUUAAGAGGAAUUGAAUCAAUUAAUCCUACUUAAAGAGAAUAAUACAUCUAUUAAAAAGCCAUUGAAGAUAAAACUAGAGAUUCUAUGAUUGGAAAUAAUUAAAUAUUAAGAGAAGAAAAAGAAAAUAAUAAUUCUAUAAGUUUUAUUGAACGAUCUAGUUAGAAAAAAUCUAUAAAAUCAAAUGAUAAUAGAGACUUUUAUACUAAAUUUCAUGAAGCUAAAAGAUCUAUUAUGAACUAAAAGUCAUUUAUAUGA